UUUCGGAAGUGAUUAGUUUGUAUGAAACCACGAGCCCGAAAGCGUCUGCUGCCACUCGUCAGUAUUGAUCCGGGCUUCGGGUCUGUGCAGCCGAUUGUGUGUUUUGAUGAUAUUCAUCAGCGUUAUAAGCUAAAUUAAUAAGCCGGCUACUUGUUAGAAGCACGUUGUUAUCCCCGGGCUGCGUCAUUUGUGGACAAUGAAGAAGCUCGCUCUGUUGCUGAUUGUGUUGCUCGGUGUUGCACAUUUUGCAACUCUGAGCAGAUGUGAAGAUGAUGCUGCAGAGGAGAAGGAGGAGACUGAUGAAGAGGACAGUGACGAUGAGGAGGAUGAUGAUGAAGAUGAUGACACAGAGGUGAAAGAAGAGAACGGGGUGCUGAUUCUCACCAACAGCAAUUUUGAAACUUUCAUGGAGGGCAAAGACACAGUUCUGGUGGAGUUUUAUGCCCCGUGGUGUGGCCACUGCAAACAGUUUGCCCCAGAGUAUGAAAAAAUUGCUCAGACACUAAAGGAGAAUGACCCUCCUAUACCUGUGGCCAAAGUGGAUGCAACAGUAGCCGAUGAGUUAGCGAGCAGGUUCGAAGUGUCGGGCUAUCCCACCAUCAAGAUCCUGAAGAAAGGGGAAGCUGUGGACUACGAUGGAGAUAGGACAGAGAAGGCUAUCGUGGCACGGGUGAAAGAGGUGGCUCAGCCAGAUUGGAAGCCCCCUCCUGAGGCAACGCUGGUGCUGACCAAAGACAACUUUGAUGAGACUGUCAACAACGCAGACAUCAUCCUGGUGGAGUUCUACGCUCCAUGGUGUGGACACUGUAAGCGUUUGGCUCCUGAGUAUGAGAAGGCAGCCAAGCAGUUGAGCCAACGCUCUCCUCCCAUUCCUCUGGCCAAAGUGGACGCCACGAUCGAGAAUGAGAUCGCCACACGUUUUGGAGUCACAGGGUAUCCCACCAUUAAGAUCUUCAGGAGAGGCAAAGUGUUCGACUACAACGGGCCGAGAGAGCAACAUGGCAUUGUUGAUUACAUGGCUGAUCAGGCUGGCCCUCCCUCCAAGCAGGUUCAGGCAGUAAAACAGGUGCAGGAGCUCAUCAAGGAUGGCGACGAUGCCGUCAUCGUUGGCGUCUUCUCUGGUGAACAGGAUGCAGCGUAUGAAAUCUACAUUGAGGCCUGUAAUGCACUGAGGGAAGACUUCAGCUUCCGUCACUCCUUCAGCUCUGAAGUUGCCAAACUGCUGAAAGCCUCACCCGGUCAGAUCGUGAUCGCUCAGCCUGAAAAGUUCCACUCAAAGUACGAGCCAGCGUCGCACACACUCACAGUGAAGGACUCUACAUCAGUAUCAGAAGUGCAGGAGUUCUUCAAAAAGCACAUGAUUCCUCUGGUGGGACACAGAAAACCAAGCAAUGAUGCCAAGCGUUACACCAAAAGACCUCUGGUGAUUGUGUACUAUGGAGUUGACUUCAGCUUUGACUACAGGAAAGCAACUCAGUUCUGGAGGUCCAAGGUGCUUGAGGUGGCCAAGGACUUCCCAGAGUAUACAUUUGCCAUCGGAGACGAGGAGGACUACGCAGAAGAGCUGAAGAGCCUGGGCCUAAGCGAGAGCGGGGAGGAGGUGAAUGUGGGAAUUCUGGCAGAAGGAGGCAAAAAGUUUGCCAUGGAGCCAGAGGAGCUGGACUCUGAGGUGCUGAGAGACUUUGUUAUGGCUUUCAAGAAAGGAAAACUCAAACCCAUCAUCAAGUCCCAGCCUGUGCCAAAGAACAACAAAGGACCCGUUAAGGUUGUUGUAGGAAAAACCUUUGACGAGAUUGUCAUGGAUACCAAGAAGGAUGUCCUGAUCGAGUUUUAUGCUCCCUGGUGUGGCCACUGUAAGAAACUAGAGCCUGAUUACUUGGCCUUGGGCAAGAAGUACAAAGGGGAGAAGAACCUGGUGAUCGCCAAGAUGGACGCCACAGCCAAUGAUGUGCCAAAUGAAAACUACAAAACGGAGGGAUUCCCCACAAUAUACUUUGCCCCAAGCAACAGCAAGCAGAGCCCCAUCAAAUUUGAAGGUGGAGAUAGAACAGUCGAGGCCUUGAGCAAGUUCUUGGAAACACACGCCACACAGCUAUCACAGAAGAGAGACGAACUUUGAAAGUAUCUCUUCAUAAGUGGCGAAGAACUCUAACCAUGCUCGGGCAGUGUUAGGGAACGCUGAAGGGGCCUCUGGGAAGGUGAAGGGAGCGCAGUAAAGUUAAACGGUGUUACUGAGUUGCUGCGACGAUUACAAUGUAAAAUCAGUUUUUUUUUUUUAGUUUCAGUUCAUUCCAAGAGAUUCUUGUGUUUCUAAAAAGCAUGUAAGCACUGUUGACGAUUUCAAUCUUUUUAAAUAAAACAAAAAAUAAUGGCUGCUUUGUGGGCCAGCACUUAAA